AUGAAAAAGACCCAUUACCACCAGCACUCACAGGCAAUCAGGUUAGUGGUAAACUUGUCAUUUAAUUUGUCUGCAGUAAAGCCUGAACCUCCUUUGAACCUGCAUCUGGAAAUGACAGAGGAAGGUCAAAUGAAGAUCUGCUGGGCUGCCCCUGUGUUGAUGCCAUACAAACUUCAGUACGAAGUGAAGAUCUCUGCAAAUUCAAGUGACAAUGGUUGGCAGAUGGUUCAGGUUGCUCUGGAAACCUCACUGGCCAUAGACAAUACACUGCUUGGAUCUUCAUAUUUAGUUCAAGUGCGGUGCAGGAAUCACCAUGGUCCUGGGUUCUGGAGUGACUGGAGCACACCAUAUAACCUCAAUUUGGGAGCUCAAGUCCUGUACUUCCCUCCUAAGCUACUGACCAGUGUUGGUUCUAACGUUUCCUUUCAUUGCAUCUAUAAAAACAAAACCAAGCUUGUAGCAUCCAAGAAGAUUGUCUGGUGGCUGAACUUAGCAGAAGAAAUCCCACAAAGUCAGUAUACGCUUGUGAAUGACCGUGUAAGCAAAGUUACUCUUUUCAACUUGAAAGCAACAAAACCUAGAGGAAGUUUCUUCUAUAACGCAUUGUACUGUUGUCAUCAAAAUAGGGAAUGUCAUCAUAGAUACGCUGAAUUAUAUGUAGUAGAUGUGAAUAUUAAUAUCACUUGUGAAACGGAUGGGUACUUAACUAAAAUGACUUGCAGAUGGUCUGCAAACCCAAACACUAUGCUCCUGGGGAGUUCCUUGCAGUUAAGAUACCACAGGAGCAGAAUUUAUUGUUCUGACUUUCCAAGUACAUCUCCAAAAUCAGAGGUGAAGGAAUGUCAUUUACAGAAGAAUCAUUCUUACGAGUGCACAUUUCAGCCUAUUUUUCUUUUAUCUGGAUAUACCAUGUGGAUAGAAUUUAAGCACUUACUAGGAACACUUGAAUCCUCACCAACUUGUGUCGUUCCAGCAGAUGUGGUGAAGCUGCUUCCUCCCUCCAGUGUUAGAGCGGAACUCACCAGGAAUGUUGGGCUGCUGAAUGUGAGCUGGACAAACCCUCUGUUUGCAAACAGUGAUCUGAAAUUUCAGAUUCGGUAUGCUGUGAACAGGGAGGAAAUGAUGUGGGAGCUUUAUGAAGUUUCAAAUGCACCCACAAGAUCAGCUGUGAUAGAAGUUCCGAACCUCUGUGUUGAGUAUGUUGUUCAGGUCCGGUGCAGGGAGCUGGAUGGAUCAGGCUACUGGAGCAACUGGAGCAGAUCAGCCUAUACCCUUGUAAAAGAUAUCAAAGCUCCCUUACAAGGCCCUGAAUUUUGGAGAAUUAUUACUGAAGAUCCCAUAAAGAGGCAGAAGAAUGUCACGCUCCUGUGGAAGCCACUGGUGAAGAGUCACUCCUUGUGCAGCGUGAGCCGGUACAUUGUACAGCAUCGGACAUCAGGAAACACCACGUGGUCAGAGUAUGUUGACAGUGGCACUACCUGUUCAUUUCCAUGGACUGAACACACACACACCAUUACUGUUCUGGCCAUGAAUUCAGUUGGAGUUUCUUCAGUUAAUUUCAAUUUAACUCUGUCCCAGCAAAUGAGCACAGUGAGCGUUGUGCGGUCCCUUAGCGCUUACCCAGUGAACAGCACUUGUGUGGUUCUGAUCUGGACACUCUCACCUCAAAUAUACGUGAUAACAUCUUUCAUUAUUGAGUGGAAGAACCUUAACAAAGAAGAGGAGAUGAAAUGGCUGCGAGUUCCUCCAAAUAUCAGUAAAUAUUACAUUUAUGAUCACUUUAUCCUGAUUGAGAAAUACCAGUUCAGCCUGUACCCUGUGUUUGCUGGAGGAGUUGGCAAAUCCAGAGCAACAGAUCACUUUACCAAAGCUGGAUACGAAAAUGAGAACAAUGCCAACCUCUAUGUGGUUCUGCCAAUAGUCAUUUCAACCUCAGUUUUGUUGCUUGGAGCACUGCUGGUUUCACAACAAAGAAUGAAGAAGCUGUUUUGGGAAGAUGUUCCAAACCCCAAGAACUGCUCCUGGGCACAAGGAGUUAAUUUUCAGAAGCCUGAAACUUUUGAGCAUCUCUUCAUCAAGCACCCCAAAGCAAUGUCAUUUGAGCCUCUUCUUCUGGAACCAGCAAUAGUGCUGGAAGACAUCAGUGUCACUGAAGUGCUGAAAAAAGAAGACUCACAAGAUUUUGUGGUCGUUGAUUCCAUGUUUACAACACCACAAGACUCUGCACAUGACUCUGCCUGCUCCAGCAGCCAUUUCCAUAGUAGCAGCUUCUCUGAGAGCUCCCACGAUGGCCAAAGCAGUGCAGAAGUGACAGGGGAGUCUGAUAUUAAAUAUGCUACUGUCCUUACUAACUCCAGAUCAAGUGGCCUUUGUGAACACAAAGUGAGGCCAAGAAGUUGCUUUGAUAGAUGCUGCUUAGCUGAAGACUCCUCAGCUACAGGCUCCUUCUCAAGCAGCUCCUGGGUGGUGGGAAACGGGGCAUUUCUGGUACUACCUGAGGUGCCCAUCAGGCAGCCCAAGACUCUCUCCUUGUCCCUCAUCUCUUCAGAGGGAUUUUCGGAGCCUUCAGAUCAUGAUGAUGCUUUCCCAGAUGGAGACAGCCCCGAGCAGACCUUGUGUUACGUUGGAGUAACAUCACUGGGGAAAAGGGACAAUGACAUUUUCUUAACAGACAGCUCCAGGGUGAUGUGUCAGUUCCAUGCAAUGGAUCUGCUCCAGGAGGGGGGGGUUCUGCAGCACACACCAUCUCAUUUCAAUGCCUUUAUCCAAAGCAGCCUUCAGUACAAAGCCAUCGUGCCCUACAUGCCACAGUUCCAGAUGACUGCAGCCAAGGUGCAGGAGAGCACGGAGAAGACCUCUGAAGUCACCACACCAUGA